AAGACUAAUGAUAUAAAUGCCGUACCUAACAAGAGUGCGUUCCGUUAUAUGCUCGCAAAAGUACACUUGUUUCAUUCCAAUUUAUUGUACUAGUGCAAAAGUCUUCGUGAGAACGAACAGACUUAAGUAUAUGUGCUCCUCUCUGUAGGAAUCGAUCCAUUUGUUUACGGAGGUCGUCUGCUAGCUCGACGUUUCGACAGUGUUUUGACGUUUAUGCAUUAUGCUGUAAAAAAGUGCGCUUUUAUGUAAUUAUUACGGGAGAACUGAUCCGCAAUGCCGGGAACAGAAGAUAACUCUACAGAGCUAGGAGAAAUUGAGAAUGUUAGGGUGGUGGUGAGAGUUCGACCUUUGAGCAGCAAGGAGCUAGAUAGCCACUGCAAGAACAUAACAGAUGUAGAUGCAUUAAACAGUGAAAUCACUGUAGAGAAUCCAAAUGCAGCACAGGGAGAGCCACCAAAGGUCUUUUCCUUCGAUGCAGUGUUUGAUACAGAUUCCACACAGGUGGACAUCUAUAACGAGACUGCCAGGCCAAUAGUAGACAAAGUACUUCAGGGCUACAAUGGAACAAUCUUUGCAUAUGGCCAGACUGGCACUGGCAAGACUUACACUAUGUCAGGUGCUAAAACCUCUCCACAGGCUAGAGGAAUUAUUCCAAACACAUUUGCACAGAUCUUUGGGCACAUAGCUAAAGCUGAUGAAAAUCAAAAAUUUCUAGUACGUGCGACGUACUUGGAAAUUUACAAUGAGGAAGUUCGGGACCUUCUCGGUAAAGAUCAGAAUACUCGGCUGGAGGUGAAGGAAAGACCAGACAUUGGUGUAUUUGUGAAGGAUUUGAGCGGAUACGUUGUGAAUAAUAUAAUAUUUGUGUGCAUGGAAUAUUUUAAAUUGGACUUAAAUUCCAGGAGCGAGAAAGAAGCACUUCGAGAAAAGAUGCAAAACUUGCAGAACAAAAUUUUAGUGGGUGGCGAGAAUCUGUUGGAAAAAGCGGAAGCACAGGAGCAAUUACUGGCAGCUGCGGCGAUUGAGCUCGAACAACGGAAAAGCAGAGAGGAGCAACUGAAAAAGGCUAUCAAAGCGAAGGAAGCGGAACGCAUCGACAUCGAAGAGAAGUACUCCUCGCUGCAGGAGGAAGCGGCUGGGAAAACGAAGAAAUUGGCGCGGGUGUACACGAUGUUGAUGUCCGUCAAGGCGGAGUUAUCUGACUUGCAGCAAGAACAUCAAAGGGAGAUGGAAGGCCUUCUGGAGGGUGUACGAGGAAUUGGUAGAGAAUUGCAGCUGCAGAAUCUGAUUGUGAAUCAUUAUAUUCCAGUUCAGUAUCAGACGAUGAUCAAAAGAUAUCUUCAUUGGAAUGAAGACAUCGGUGAAUGGCAGCUCAAAUGCGUGGCAUACACAGGGAAUAACAUGCGUAAAGCGCAAACCGCAUCGCCGGCUGGAAAUAAUAAAGACACAACUCCACCGGACAUGUCGAACAUAUAUCUCUCUUAUAACACCGGAAUAGACACUACAUUCGUGCAACCGAAGAAAGUGAGGAGCCGCUCGGGUGUACCUAGGCCAACCACGGCGCAUCGACGUACACCGCACUGAAGACACAAUUUCUCAGCCACGAUGUCACAAAGGUUUACUUUUUCUCAUACUUUUGUAGAUCUUUUUUCGUUUCGGAUACUCGCGUAUUCGCUUGCGUGAUCGUGCAGUAUAUCAUAUUGUUCGUAUCGAUGACUCGUGAUAAAAUGAUAUACUAUAGAUUAUAUAAUACAACCGUUUCAAUGUUUCCGUCAACAUAAUUCGCGAUACAUCUAUUUUUAAGAUCUUGAAAUUUUUUUAUACAGAUAAAUAUCGAAUACGCGUGACCAUACAUCGCGUAUUCGAUUAAUUGCAAUUUAACAUUGAUUCAGUCAGUAGAAGCUGAUAGUGUCGAUACACUGAUUUAAAUAUUCGUUACGAGAUGUAGAUAGUAGACGUACCUAAAACUAUUUAAACGCAUUCCUUUUUCGUAUUUAGAACACGUUAUAAGAGGUACACAAGUAUUUUAUCUACAGUAACAAAUCCUUUUCCUUAAUUUAUAAUAUAAACUAUUAGCACCUCAACACAAAUUUAAAUUGUGUGUUUACAUUAUUAGAGAUACACAUUUUCAUGUUAACAAUAUGCGCAGGAAACCGCUAUUGACGUGGAAAACUGUAUGUAAGCCCGUUAGGAAAAUGAAAACUAUAUUGUACCUGUGGAAAGAAACGAAUUCGAGAGUUCGAAAGAAUCAAUAUAUGUCACAUCAUGACAAAUUAACAUAUUUAUAAAUUCAGUUAAAGAUGCAAUAUUCUUAAGAAAAGAUUUCACUAUACUUAUAAGGGAGCUGUUCGACACUUAUUGGCUUCUCCAUGAAAUAUAUUGUUAAAUACAAAAACUUAAGAGUGGCAUAUAUUUUUACACAUUAAUUGAAGUUUUAUAGGAGUGAAACAAGUUCUUCUCAAAGUUAUCCGGUAGAUGUGAUUUUAAGUAAAUAUCUAAAUUAUAUAUAUAAAAAACGUUUCAAAUAAAAAUUUUGUAAUAAUUAAUGCACUUUAUAACUGCAUUCAGAUUUUAUCUAUAUCAUAUAUCAUUAUUCUAUAUCAUAUUUUAUCAUGAAUUAUAUAUUACAUAUUAUGUUAUAUAUUACAGAAUUUGUUCGGAUUUUGGUUUUUUGUUAAUUUGUCAUUUAUUAAACAAUGAUUAACUAAAAGCAGUAUUUGUUAUAAUAACUUAUUAUAGUUUGAAGUUUGUUGUAAUAUUUAUAAUUUACUAGUCACUUUCUCUCUGAUUAUAUUAUAAAUUUACGCUUUCUUUUAGUUGUAUUGUGUUUGAUUUCAUUUAAAUAUAUAAAUUAAUAUGAUUGUGUGAUCUCAUUAUAUUUAUCUUUAGCGCGUAAUAGUAGGAAACCUAUUUUGUUAGUUGUAGUCCACAUUGUGAUUGCAAUGUUAUGCGAUAGUAGAUGAGUCGCAAUUUGGCAUAUUUGCUCAAAUAUUUGAGCAGCAAAUAAAAAUAACAAUUAGAAUCUGAUGAUAAAGGAGAAAUAAUAAAAAAUGAAGGUAUUUUGCAAAAAAGAAAAGAAAUUUUUGUUGAAUGGACAAUUAUAAAAUGCACCAAUUAUCGUUAAACUUUUAUUUUAAAACAUUUUUUAUAUGUCAUAAUUUAGACGAUAUUUACUUAAAGCUAUAUCCGUCGAAUAACUUGGAGAGAUUGUUUCAAAACCCCUAAAACUUCGAUUCAACACGUAUAAAAAAAUAGGUGUCACUUAAUUUUUUGUAUUUAACAACAUAUCUCAUAGAGAAGCAAAUCGGCGCCUUUGUUCCUUUGUUAGAAAUUCGUAUAUCUUUGGUAUCUUUAUUCGCUCAUAUCCUUCAUGAUUUCUUCGUCGCAUAAAAUUAAAUAUAAUAAAAAAUAAAUUAGGGAAAAUGGUACAGCGCAUGCUUACAAUUAGUGUCAAGCAUUAGUAUUAAGUAAUUCAAUAAUGGUGUUUUACGAGUCCUUAUUUGAAGAAACGACAAUUUUUAUAUGCUCUAGUGACAGGAAAUCCAAACAACAUAAAUGUCUGAAGGACGAUCGAACCUUUUCGAUACAUUUGAAACGUGUUUUUAGAUUGUCAUGUUGCUCAAGAGCAUUUUAUAUUCUGUCGAAUCUUUUAUAACGCCUGAUGAAGCACGCGUAUUUAUUUACUGUGAUAUCGAAAUAUUUUCACGUAUUUUUUCAAUUGAGCUUUGUCGACGCUUUAUUUAAUUUUGUAAGCGGUUCACAGCAGUGCUAAGUAUUUAUUGUUGUCGCGGCGUACGCGUCUUGUUCUUGUAUUUAUAAUUUUUGCAAAAUAAAGAAGAAUUUCAAGAGA